AUGCCAGCUACUAUCAAUAUCAGUCAAGAUUCUUCAUUCCAACACCUCACACAUCCUCUCUCCAGAAACUUCAGGCCAGUCUCACUUCGUCUCACUCUCACACGAGAUCGAUCGCCUUCGUUGUCACAUAUUACUACUCCGAUUCAAUCAAUCAAAAUCGUCAAGAUGAAGUCUUCUCUCCUCACCGUUUUCGGCCUGGUUGCUGCCGCCGCUGCCCAGAGCUCCAGCGACCUCCCUCAGUGUGGUCAAACUUGUGCUAGCAACAUGGUCAGCGCUGCCAAGUCCUCGGAGCUUGGAUGUGAUGCCGGUGACGUUAGCUGCCUUUGCACCAACCAGGACUUCAUCUACGGUCUCCGUGACUGCUCCGCUGCUAUCUGCAACGACGAGCAGGCCGCUGCUGUUGUCGCCUACGGCCUUGCCCUCUGCCGCCAAGCUGGUGUCCAGAUUACUACUGGUAGUGCUGGAUCCGUUUCGGCCUCUGCUACUGGCACUGGUGCCGUUCGAACUGUUCUCAGCACCCUCGUUCAGAGUGAUACCACCAUCACCUCCGCUGUCUCCACCAUCAGCGGUACUGCCACUGACGGCAGCGAGGAUGACCUCUCCGUCAGCACCUACACCAGUGUUUUCACCAACUCUGAGGGUGAUGAAGUUACCAGCACCAUCAAGGAGAUCCUCGGCGGCGUUGCUCUGACCACCUACACCUCUGGUGGAUCCACCAUCAUCGAGCCUGUCGAGACUGCCUCCGCCUCCGCCUCCGCCUCUGACGAGACAGAGUCCGCCCAGGUCACUACCUUCACCACUGACGGCACUGCUGUCGUCCGAACUCUCGUCACCGAGACUGCUUCCACUGACUCCGCCGACUCUGCUGAGGUCACCACAUUCACCACUGAUGGUACCGAGGUCAUCCGAACUCUCACUACCGUUACCACCGGUACUGAGUCCGAGUCCGAGUCCGGAUCUGUUUCGGAGACUGUUACUGACGCCUCCACCGUCACCGAGGGCUCUGACACUGCUACCGGCACUGAUGCUGAGGCCAGUGCCACCUCUACUGAAGCUGACAACGCUGCUGUCGCUCAGAUGACCGGUGCCCCUAUCGGCGUCAUCGCCGCUGCUGGUAUUGCUAUGCUCCUCCUUUAA